CCAAAGGAAGACGCUGCGCGUUCGGGUGUUCUGUGACAAGGACGCGCUCUUCCCACGUCUCCGGAUCUCCACGUGAUUGAGUGAAAAAAAAGAAAGGGAAUCAGUCAUUUCGGGAGGCAUGCAGGUCCCCCCCCCAGUCCCACCGCCGCAUCCCUCCGAUGAGCGUCACUCCGCCAAGCUCCCCGCCUCCACCGGUCGGGCGUUAAUGGAAACUCCCCGACGCGCGCGGGGAGAGGCAUGGUGGCGGCAGCUGGGUUCAGCACGCUGGACAGCGCUCCUGGAAGUUGGAGUGGGACGCCGGCGGGUUUAAGGACGAGGAGCAUUCGACGGAGGGAUGUGCGCCUGGUGUGACCAUGGUUGAUCCGACGCGCGCGUCACCCACGACAGGGAGCGGGUAACCCCCGCGGGCGGACUCUCCGCAGGGAGACAUGGACUUUGCUGAGACCCUUUUCGCGUUGUUCAUCAUCGCGGUCGCGCUCGUCUCGCUGUCGUCCAACUUGUUGGUGCUGCUAUGCUUCGUCCACAGCACCGAGAUACGCCGACAGGUGCCCGGCGUGUUCACCAUGAACCUGUCCUUCUGCAACAUCCUCAUCACCGUCCUCAACAUGCCGGCCACCGUGGUGGGGAUCAUCAGGGACCAGCAGCCGUUCGCGGAUUGCGUUUGCCACACGGUGAGCUUCCUGGAGACCUUCUUGACCGCGAACACCAUGCUGAGCAUGGCGGCUCUGAGCAUCGACCGGUGGAUCGCGGUGGUGUUCCCGCUCAGUUACUCCUCUAAGAUGCGCUACAAGGACGCGCUGAUCAUGGUGUGCUACUCCUGGCUGCACUCCUUCACCUUCUCCCUGACGGCGCUGCUCUUCUCCUGGGUCAACUACAACCACGCGUACGCGUCGUGCACCUUGCAGCCGCGCGAAGAAGGCGGCGACCGGAUUAAGUUCGCGAUCUUCACCGUCGUUUUCCACGCCACCAGUUUCGCCCUGUCGUUGCUCAUUUUGUGCUUCACCUACUUGAAGGUGUUGAAAGUCGCCCGGUUCCACUGCAAGAGGAUUGACAUUAUCACCAUGCAGACUCUUUUCCUGCUGGUCGACAUCCACCCGAGCGUCAAACAAAGAUGUUUAGCGGAGCAAAAAAGGAGAAAGCAGAGAGCCACGAAGAAGAUCAGCAUCUUCAUCGGCUCAUUCAUCAUCUGCUACGCUCCUUAUGUAAUUACAAGGUUGGCCGAGCUCAUCCCCUUCGUGGACAUCAACCGCCACUGGGGAAUCAUCAGUAAGUGCCUGACGUACAGCAAGGCCGCGUCCGACCCCUUCGCCUACUCCCUCCUACGUCAGCAGUACAAGAAGGUCCUGGUUACCGUCGUCAACAGGCUGCUCCGCCGUGACCUGUACCCCUCGUCCGGACACAACAGCUCCUUGGACACGGACAACGACUACUGCCUCCAGAGGAUCAGCUAGUGGGCGGACGCGCGGACACGGUGGAUCCAAUUGCUACCGGCCCAAAAUAAAAAGGUGGCCUCUCGGAAAAGAAGGUGGGCGGUAGGAGGAGACGAGGCAGGGGCCCACGCAGACACGCGGCGGCCCAGACAAAAUCCAUUUCACCGAAUAAGUCACAGGUUCAAGAUCAAUCUGCAGGUGAAAGACCACACGUGGACGCAGGCUCCCUCUUUCUCCGUACGACACGCGGCAGUUCUUCAGGGACGGCCGACGGUCGGCGAGCGCCGCGGUGGACGAAGGUGUGAAGAGAAGGAGAGACAAGGUCCUGCUUCUGGACGACGCACUCUUGAGAGACUGCACAUUAUUGGCACGUGCCGCACGGACCGCGUUGGACCACUUUGCAGCGUCAAUAUUGAUGCACUUUGCCUAAUUCUCUCCGAUCCAGACACAGGAGCCAAAGGCACAUCACGCUUACACCAUGAUAUAAAAGGGUGGUGUUCUGUGUUUGUUGUUAUUGUCAACAAGUGAGAACAGCAACACCAUCUCUCGAUAUUUAUACACCCUUUUGUUUUCAGAUUUAGUCAUCUUGUUGUUGCAUUUUCCCAGUUAAAAAUGGCUCUUAUACCAUUUGGUAUGCAUCUAAAUGACUCCAGCAGACACCCCAGAGGUGCUCUUUGAUUGAUCUUAUACAAUGGGUCAUGGACAUUUACAUUCCUUUUUGAAAAAAAAACAGGUUUCAGCAGUAGGGUUGUGUUUGUUCGACAGGGAAUUUAAGUGCACUGGUUCAUGAUAAUGAAGUGAUGUUUUUCAAUUUGACAGAUGAGGACAUUUGAAUGCCAGGUGGACUCAAUAGCGUCCGUUGAACUGAUUUAUUAGAAUCUAACUCCCUAAAGCGGCGUUCUCCCACAUCCAGGGAAAGGGGGGCUCGAGAGUUCAUAUGACGACACACUUGUUAGUAGGAGCCAUAGAUCAUUGGCUUUGUCCCUCCGUGGGAUUUCUUUCGGGUAAGAAAAUCCUAGAACGUCGCGCAACUUCUCCUUUUAGGCGUGAGUUUGAAACUGAAUGUAGUAGAGACGUGCAGCCCACGUUUGACUGAAAAGUAUUUGUACGACUGCGGUCAGUUUUGCCAGUUGACUGGAAAAAAUAUGUUUCUAUGGAUAUUUACAAUAUGUUAUACGAUAUAUUUUGCAUCGUAAAGGAACGACUUUUUGUCUAGAUAAAAGGUAAGCAACGUGGUGUAGCAUAUACAUGAUUUCAAAGUGCUUUCGACACACCGUUUUGUGUAUGUGCCAGGUUUGAAUAUGUGACUUUUUCAGAGGUUCUAUACUUCAACCAGAAAAUCUACUCUUCUUAAUUAAAAAUAUGUUUCUUUUGAAUGUACUUUAUGCACAUGCAUCAGCCCCCCUCCCCUCCUGUUAUCCCCCAGCUCCUCUUUGGCGGUGUGACUAGCGUGUAAGUGGAAUAUGUGCAAUAAAAGCUGUCAAUUAUAAAGCUAUUACAAUUAUUAAUGUUUUCACAGUAAUGUCGUUAAAUCUAGAUAAUGUCCUUUUGAUUUCAUUUAGUUCAAUUAAGUCUGUAAAUUGAAUUCAAGCAGUUAAAAGUCUUGUACACUAAAUCACAAAUGGUAAGUAUUGUUUUUUAUCAAUCACGAUGUUUAUGAAAGAACCAUCUAUUCGAUAUUCCAAAUAGCUGGAUACAGGUAUACUUGAAAGGAAACAUAACUUGUUGACCGUCGUCUUUUUCUGCAUCACAUUGUUUCGUUUGCCUUGUGGCCCAAACUCUAUAAAAGAUGAUGUACAGUGUGUGGUGUAAAUGUUGCAGUAGCAUUAUUGCCAAGUGUAAUUAAAAACACGGGUCAAAGAUCCAUUUUUGCCAA